AUGGCCUUGACGAUACCCGAAAUAAAGACUAAAUCUUUCUACGAUGACAGAAAACCACUCGAAGAACCUCCGUCGACCGUUGUGACCCCAUGCGAUCCGUGGCCUCGGCCGUAUUACAUCGAGAACGGUCUACGGCGGGUCUCGCCCUACCAUUUCACAUACAACACGUUUUGCAAGCAGCGAUGGCGCGGACGGGAGAUUCUGGACAUUUUCGCAUCCGAAUUUCGAGACCGGACCCGCGAGUACUACAGAAACGCCAUCGAAACCGGACAAAUUGCGCUUAAUGGGCAACCAUGUACAGAUAUUCAUACCAUUGUGAAGAACGGGGAUGUCAUCUCGCAUACCCUACACAGACAUGAACCUCCGGUCACCGCACAACCGAUUCGAGUCAUCCACGAGACAGACGAGAUGAUUGUGAUUGACAAACCUGCUGGUGUGCCUGUUCACCCCGCCGGUCGAUACAACUACAACUCGGUUGUCGAGAUUAUGAAAUCAGAAAGGCACUUUGCCUUUAAGCCUCUACCUUGCAACCGGCUCGAUCGUCUGACAAGUGGGGUCAUGUUCAUCGGGAAAACAAGCAGGGAGGCGGAGGUGAUCAGUGAAAAGCUACGUGGGCGGACGGUUCGCAAAGAAUAUGUUGCAAGAGUCAAGGGCAGAUUCCCAGACGGAGUGGGCUGGGCGGGUGACUCGAUGCGCGGUGGUAUCAUCAAAUGUGAAGAGAGUAUUCUCCAAAUCAGUCCGAUCGUUGGCCUCAAUCGAGCUAGAGCAAGUGGAAAAUCUGCCAAAACGCUAUUCCGGCGGGUAGCAUAUUAUCCUCACCGGCCUCAAAUCUUGUCAAAUACUGGCGAUGGGCAGGGCUCGAAGAGCGCAUCUUCCGUCGACAAAGUCGCUCAACCGGGGCCCGCAAUCUCUGGUAGCGAAGAUGAAGGCUACAGUAUUGUUCAUUGCCUGCCUUUGACGGGCCGUACACAUCAAAUUCGAGUACAUCUCCAAUUCCUCGGCCAUCCCAUCACGAACGACCCCAUCUAUAGCAACAGAGCUGUCUUCGGGCCGGGCCUGGCACGGAAUGAAGCAACGGGUGAGAAUGACGAGGAGAUCAUUGCGAGGCUGAAAAAAAUAGGGAAGACCGAGGUGUCAGAUUCAGUCUCGUACGAACAGGAGCGGCUGGCGAAGCUCGUGAAGCAGACGCAACAGAUGACCGUUUCGGAUGCAGCCAGAUUAGAUGAACCAUCGUCCGUCGUCUCACAGGCCGAUCCAAACUUCAAACCAUUGCCAGCCGGUACUCUACACGCCGGAUCACUGGCAGGGUCUGGCGAGAACCCCAUGUACGAUGAUCCGCAAUACGGUGCAUUCGUGAAAGCCCAUGAUGAGAUGGUAGCCGACUACAAUAAACGAAAAGGAGAGAAAAUGACGGGGGAAAGAUGUCCAGUGUGCGACACGCCAUUGUACUCAGAUCCCGGACCGCACGAACUGGGAAUAUACCUCCAUGCACUAUCCUACGCAGAUGUAGCUGGAAGCUGGAGUUAUCGCAGUCCUGCGCCGCAAUGGGCCCUUCCCCCGAAGGGGAUGGAUGGCCCCCGGGAGAUCGGUAGCUGGGAGUAUGGUGGUGAUGAAGUGCUGGACAUUGGCGAUGAGAAAGAGGAGGAGAAGUUGAAGAAUCGCAUGGGGGCGAAGAAGAACAAAGAAGAUGAUUGA